AUGGGUGCUCCUUCAGUUUUGUCGGUUUCUUCACCGGCGCAUCAAAACAGUAGUGAAACAACCAGUCAGCCCGAAGCUGACCUUGAAGUUACGUAUACUUCAUUGAUCCAACAAUACCUACAAGUGAUGUGUUUGGAAAAUGCUACCUUUCUGGCUGAGCGUAUGGUAGCAGCAUGUCAGUCAACAAACGCUCGUUAUUUGCUUGCGCUUUGCUACUUUCGUUCCUCGAGCCCACGAAGAGCUUUGAUGGUGUUAGAUGAUGCAAAGGAACAUAAUGCGUCAACAAAGUACUUGACAGCAAAAUGCUGUUAUGACCUCGAGCAGUACGGUAGAGCUGAGGAAGCACUGUUGCAUCAAGCCCGUGAACUAUAUCGCGAUUACAAGAUGAACAGCCCCUCACCUUUGUCUAUGGACGAAUGGAUUGUUCAGACAUCUCCAGCACCAAUCCCCAAUGGUGCUGUAGGGCUUUAUCUUCUAGGGAAUGUAUGUCGGCGAUCAAAUCGAAAACGACGAGCUAAGGAUUACUACAAAAUGUCACUUAAGCUUGACCCACUAUUGUGGAGCAGUUAUGAGGCUCUGUGUGAGAUUGGCGCUACAGAUAUCGAUCCAACGUCCGUCUUUGGGGUACAUCCACCUCAAAUCGACCAAUUGAAAGAAAACAUGUCUAAGGCGGGAAAUGGUGCAUUACCGUUGCAAGAAAAGUCAAUAUCUAGUCCAAGCUUUAACUUAUCUCAUCAUCAAACGCCGAAACCGCUACAGAACUUGCAGCUGGGAACACCUUCGAGUGCAUCACCUCUACCUCAGACACUGUUUCAAAAUUCGCAAAAUUCUGGCGUGACACCACAUCAGCUUCAGUUUGAAACCCCCAACUUGACACCAAUACCUACCGUCCAAGAUCAUUCUUUCAUUGCAAACCAACCAGCGUCAGCAGAUUUUAUGAAUAUGCCUAAUCCAAGCACGGUUCGAAGGGCUAAACAAGUUGCUGCAAGGCUUUACUACGAACCCACACCGGAAACCCCAAUUUCUGCGCGUCGGGACCCUUCUCGAUACCUCGGAGGGCGCGGUACAUUAUUUGAUACCAGCAGUAUAUCAGAAACACCGCUGCGAAGGGGAGGACGACCUUCCGAACUCUCGACCGCACGUAAACCAAGGGCGCUUUUUCUUGCUUCCGAGAACAAUCGAUCGAAUGACGUUACCGAGGUCGAAAAUAUUGACUAUGGCGAGGAACAAAAAGUCAUAUCACAGAAUGAAGAAGAAAAUGACAAUCACGCCCCGCCUCAUGAGGUCACAAAGACUACGCCGCAUCCUCACGUGGAAGCGAUGAAAGAAGAAGAGGAGCUCAUUGAUAGUCACAAGCACGUUGACGAAGUCUUGAAGUUGAUGUGCAUGCUGGGGGGUGGUUAUUGGAAAUUAUGCAACUACCGUUGUCGCGAAUCAUUACAAAUUUUUGAGGCGUUGCCACGGACUCAACGAAACACAGGCUGGGUGUUGAAUCAAGAAGGUCGUGCCUACUUCGAAAUGGCAGACUACGAAAACGCUCAGCGCUCUUUAGAGUUGAUGCAGAGAGUAGAGCCCCAUAGAAUGAAAGGAUUGGAGCUUCUGUCCACAGUUCUUUGGCAGUUGAAAAAAGAAGUGGAAAUUGCACAUCUUGCGCAGAAAGCAGUUGAUUUUGAUCGCCUAUCACCUGAAGCGUGGUGUGUUGUUGGAAACUGUUUUUCGUUGCAAAAGGAACAUGAAACCGCGCUUGUAUUUUUUGGUCGAUCGCUUCAGUUGAAUCCAUCGUUUACAUACACACAUACGCUUUCAGGAUACGAGUACAUGGCAAACGAAGACUUUGACAAGGCGGUUGCCUGUUUCCGGAAUGCCAUUCGAUUAGAUGAACGGCACUACAAUGCUUGGUAUGGAUUGGGUGCAAUUUACCAUCGACAGGAAAAGUACGAUCUAGCAGAGUAUCACUUUCAGCGCGCCGUCACCAUCAACUCGCAAAGUUCUGUACUGCGCUGCAAUCUCGGUAUGUCCCAAUAUUCAAAUGGAAAAUCUAUGCAAGCAUUGGAUACUUUGGCAGAGGCAUUCCGCUUGGAUCCAAACAAUCCUCAAGCUAGAUUCCAAAGAGCAACUAUAUACGUUCAACUCAACCGUCCCGAAGAUGCCCUUAAGGAGCUUGAGAAAGUCCGUGAUGCGGCUCCUCGUGAAGCAACUGUACAUUUCGCAAUGGGUAAGGUCCUGAAACGUCUUGGACGAUCGGAGCAAGCAAUGCGUUGCUUUUUGACUGCCUUGGACUUGGAUCCGAAGGACAAUCAAAUGAUUAAGUCGGCUAUGGACAAAUUGGAUGAACCGGAUGUGGAUGAAGAAGUGGCGGCGUUUUAG